AUGAUCCGACUUUUUCUCGCCAUCUCCAUCUUUCUUGCGAUUGCUGUGAAUGCAACAAGAUUUGACGUCAGGCUAGAAUUGAUCUGUAACUUCCAGCAACAAUGGCAAUACUCGGCGUAUUUCUAUGAACACGAUUUGAUUUCGUGAGUUUUUUUGCAGCCCGCUAAAAAUUUAAAAUCAUUCCAGACCAAGCGAAGGGAUGCACACCACACCGGUUUACGGAAGCGUUCAACCAAGCUCAAGUUUUGCGGCUCAAUUUGAUUACAGUGAAGGCGAUGGUAUUGGCGACAACUAUUAUGAGCCUUUUUUGGCGUUAACACACACAUGCACCGAUACUGGCAGUCAAGCUACAGCCACUUUCUACUUGGGAACUGUUCCAGUUGACAGUGCUGGUGUUGUGAUUCAGCGAAGAUAUUUAAUUGAUACAAGAUGCGACGCAUUUUUUUGUGUUUUGAUUGACAAGCAACAAUAA